AUGGAUGAACUAAUAAAACAGAAUACAAAAGAUCCGGUUGCAAAAAUAUUACGUUCAGUUCAUGGAGAACUUUUGGGGUUAAACAUUCUUAUGGUGUUUCUCAUUAUUAAUGGUAGUAAUCAUAUUAAGCAUACAUUUGAGGUCAUUGGUGUUCUUCACAUGAUAUUCUUGUCGAACAGCACGAUUAAAAUCAAAUCAUCGAGUCUCAUAUGUAGAUAG